AUGCAUUCUCUCAACCUUGCGGCGGCCCUCACGGCCACCAUCAACUUGGCCGGCGCGUCCUCCAUCCUCCUCCGAGGCGGCACCAUUGUCGGCUUCGACGACCAAGCCAACUCCCUCAACGUCAUCCGCGAAGGCUCUUUGCUGAUCACCGACGACCGGAUCACCGACAUCUACACGGCGGAGGAGGCUCAGGACCUGAAGUUCCCCGGCAACGAGACCCAGAUCGUCGACGUGACCAACAAGAUCAUCACUCCGGGCUUCAUCGACACCCACCGCCACGGAUGGCAGACUGCUUUCAAGACCAUUGCUUCCAACACCUCUCUGGCCGAGUACUUCACCCGCUACGGUGAAUACGCGGCGGCUGGUCUCCUCAGCCCAGACGAUGUAUACAUUGGUCAGCUGACUGGUCUCUACGAAGCUCUGAAUGCCGGUGUUACCACGACACUUGACCAUGCCCACCACACCUGGUCUAACGAAACGGCUGAGGCUGGUUUGAAGGGUAGCAUUGACAGUGGCGCUCGAGUCUUCUGGUCGUAUGCUUUCCACAACGUCACCAACUACACUGUCUCAGAGCAACUGGCCAACUUCAGAGAUAUCGCGACCAAGGCUAGCUUCGAUGGCACCUCUACCAGCCUCGGUGUUGCCUGCGACUUCUUUGGUCCUAAUCCCGUUCUCGAUCAAGUCAAUGCUGUUGUCGAUCUUGCUAGGGAGUUCAAUGUCUCCGUUAUCACGACUCACAGCCUCCAGGGUCCUUGGGGCAUCACCAACAGCCCUGAGGACGUUCACGCCGUCGGAGCUCUCAACACCUCCAUUCCCGUGGUCUUCUCUCACGCCUCUUUCCUAACCUACCAAGGCGCCACUCUCCUGCGCUCAACCAACCAGCACAUUUCCAUCACCCCCGAGUCCGAGAUGCACUACGGCCACACGCACCCUCACAGCCACUUGAUCCAGGAUCAAGCCGCCCUUGGUGUCGACACCCACUUCACCUUCUCCACCGACAUCCUCACCCAAGCCCGUCUCUGGCUCCAGAGCACCCGUCGUCUGCUCUACCAGCAGGUCCUCGCCCACUGGAACGUCCCCACCUCCGCCCCCAUGACCGUUAACCAGGCUUUCCUUCUGGCUACCCGCAACGGCGGUCUUUCUCUGCGUCGUCCUGAUCUGGGUGUCAUCGCCAAGGGAGCGAAGGCCGACGUUGUUGUCUGGGACGGCGAGAGUCCGGCGCUGCUUGGAUGGGUUGACCCGGUUGCUGCUGUCAUUCUGCACGCCAGCGUUGGCGAUGUCGAGCACGUUCUUGUCGACGGAAAGUUUGUCAAGAAGGACCGUAAGCUUGUGGCGCCUGGCUACGCCGACGUACGCACCCAGUUCCUGGAGAGCGCCCGCAAGGUCCAGGAGACUUGGAAGGAGCUUCCCUUCCAGGCACUCACUGGCGCUUUCAGCAGCUCUGGAGCUCCUUAUGAAGCCCCGUUGGAGGUUGAUGUUCUGGCUGGCGAGGAGUCCGGGUAUGGAACCAUGUUUGUUUGA